AUACGCAAUGGGUCCCUGCGUCGAUCACGGAGCCGACUCCACAUUCGCCGACCAGAUCUUGUGUGCCCCAAUGAAAUGCCGGCCUACCUCGAUGCGGAUGCUGAUCUGUUCGAAGUGGACGAAACACGUGCUGCACCGAAGCUACAGACCAAUGUGUGUUGGGAUCAACAAGAUGGAUCGAACGGAGCCAUAGAAUGGUUAUCAAAUUUCCUUCAACGCUCUUUCUUUUGGUGA